CACAAGGGGGGGCACGGACCCCAUUGUGGGCCCCACCGCGUCCCCCCCAUUGCCCUUUUAAUGCCGUCUCCCAGCCCUUACCGGAAGCGGAAGUCGGUGUGACGUGAGGGCAGAGGGGCGGGGACAACCGGUACGAGCGGAUCGCGGCACCGGUACCAUGGCUGCGGCUCUGGACCUGCGCUCCAAGGAGGAGAAGGAUGCGGAGCUGGACCGGAGGAUCGCGGCUCUGCGCAGGAAGAACGAGGCCAUCAUCCGGCGGUACCAGGAGAUCGAGGAGGACCGGAAGAAAGCCGAGCAGGAGGGGGUGGCCGUGACCACCCUGCGCCGAACACGGGACCCCCCCAUUGCCCCCCAGGAGCAGCGCCCGGGCAAGGAGAAGAAGGCACCGGGGGGGCCCCAGCUUGGCCGUGGCUCCAGGCCCAGGCCCCCCCCUCGGGGGGACCCCCCCGGGGACCCCCAUUUGGAAGGGGCCGGGGAUUGGAAGCAGCGGGGCCGGGGCCGGGGCAAAGUGGGGGUGAGGGGGGGGCCCGGCCCCAGCCAGGCCUCUAAGUGGGAGCAGCGCCGGCGCCAGAACAUCGAGCGCAUGAACGAGGAGAUGGAGAAGAUCGCGGAGUACGAGCGGAGCCAGAGGGAUGGGCUCCCAGAGAAGAAUCCCGUCCGGAAUUUCCUGGACGAUCCACGUCGCUCGGGUCCAUCCCAAGAUUCCGACCGUCGGGAUGGGAGCCGGCGCCACGGCCGCAACUGGGGGGGACCUGACUUCGACAAGGUCAAAACUGGGAUGGAACGGGAACGGGAACGGACGUGGCCCAGCCCUGGCCGCCACGGGGGGGCCGGGGACAUGACGCUGUCCAUGACGGGUCGGGAACGGGCCGAGUACCUGCGCUGGAAGCAGGAAAGGGAACGGAUCGACCAGGAGCGGCUGGCGCGGCACCGGAAGCCUGGAGGGCAAUGGAGACGGGAAUGGGAUGCCGAGAAGUCCGAGAGCAUGUUCCUGGAAGGCUCCACAGCUGCCCCAUCCUGGGAUCCAGCCUCUAGGGAUGAGCACCAGCGCCCAGCACCCAAACCCCCCACCCUGGCUGAAUUCCUGCCCCAGCAGAAGCCACGGGGCCGGGGGGCCAAGUCCUACAGCAUGCACGACAACCGAUGGGAAGAGAAGGAGCCGGCAGAGAUGCCCGAGAACUGGGAGACAGAGGAAGCACCAACCAGGCCCCCCCUGGACCCCCCCCAUUCCCUGAUCCAGGAGGAGGAGGAGGAGGAAGAGCAAUGGGAGGAUGUCAGUGAAGAGGAUGAGGAUGAAGAUGAGGAUGAAGACGCCAGCGAAGAGGAAGAGGAUGAGGAGGAUGGAGGCAGCGCAGAGCCACUGAGCAAGGAGGAACCCCCCUCCAGGCUGAGCCCCCUGGAGCCCCCCCAAAGGGAUGAAGCAAGACCCAGUGCGGAGCAGGAGGCGGAGGAUGGGAUGAGAGGUUCCCUGGAUGCGGCUCCAGGCUCCGUGGAGAUCUCCGGCUUCCAGCGGGUGCGUUUCCAUAGGCACUGAUAGCGGGGCCGGGAUCGGCUCCAUGAGGCUUGGGAAUGCGGGAGCUUCCCAUAGGCAAACGGGGCAGGAGCCGGAUCGCAGCGCCCCCCAGCGCCCGUUGGGAUGGGGAUGGGAUCGGGAUGGGCAGCGACUUCUCAUGCGCUUCCUCCUUCUCGUUCCCAUCCUUUUCCCUAUUCCCUUCCCCUCUUUCCCUUCCUCCUCUUCCUCUUUCCCAUCCUUUU